AGCUCUUUGAAGUCGAUGAAGGCGUGAGCAGGAAGCGCAAGGCAGACGAUGAGCCCCAACGGCUGUGACUGACCUGGCUCAUAUCUAGAAGUAUAGAUGCACUGAUAUCCUCAUUUCCAUGUUCCUUUUGGUUUGCUUUUUGCUGCCUGUGGCGUUCCAUCUAUUCCAGUCAUUUGAUACCCUUUCCAUUGCGCAUACCCUUCACAAUAGAUUACUCCUGCUCUGCACGUUGUUUUAUAUCUGCUUGUCGCUCAUCAUCGAGUGUACAUAUGUCAUCUGCAAUCUAGUUUCUUCCAUAUAUAUAGAUCAUGUUUGAACUAAUAAACACCCAGUCCAAACACAAGGUGGUCCCUGACACGUCACCAUUGGACGGGU